GUAUUCAGUCUUCAUCAAGCAGCUGAAGAUUGGACGCAUUCGGGAGCUUUCCUCCCUCGCUUGCGCAUUCUCAAGGUUAAAAAAAAAAAGCAUCCCGACACUUUAUUGCAUCUUUGUCACCAGUUGCGUUUGCACUCGCGGACAACAGGUUAGCGGUACGGAACUUCUCGGCUCUUCAGCGCCCACCAAGUACUUUUCCAAGGAAAGUGAAAGUUAACCGCGGAGAAGAAAGGACUCUCAUGGAGCUGCACGAGAUCGCAGGCAAGAAAAAGCAACACGAAGCCGAUAAGGCAAAGGAGACGAUGCUGAAAGUCGAAGGUGAAGGGAACCCGUACUCGUAUGCUGAGGGCCCAACACCCGCCGCAGAGGAAGCAGACCUGGGCGACUACACGGGACUUAAAAAUCCACCUGAGGACGUCUAUGCAGACAUUUCAGAACCAACUAAACGACCAGUCAAACAGAUCCAAGAAGCCACGAGGCCUUACCGACUGGCAUGUUUGAUCCUGACCGUGUUGUCUUUGGUGCUGCUGCUGGUCAUCAUCGUGUUGCUCGUGAAAUUGAAAACUGGAUCCGGCGCCUGCGCCGUGAACGCGGUGAGCUGGAAAUCGCCAACUUGCACCGUGGAGCACUGCAGGACUUUCACUUCUCAACAUCGAGACCGAUGUUCCUGUUGCCAGCAGUGCCCCCCAAGGUGGGUGCGACUGGACCAGUCUUGUUUCUUCUUGUCCACGUUGAGGCUGAGCUGGGAGGAGAGCCAGAACAACUGUACCGGUGAGGGAGGAUCUCUGGCCGUGGUCAGCAGCCAGAAAGUCCAGAGCUUUCUGACUCAAAAUGGAAACGGGCGUAAAUAUUGGAUCGGUCUGCGUAGCACAAAUGAUAUAUGGACCUGGAUCGACGACAACACGCUGAAACAGAACUACUGGGGAGACGACGAGACAACGGGAGAUUGUGCGAUUCUGAGCAGCAACAAGCCUGCCGAGAAGAACUGGAUCAAGUCACCUUGCAGCUCAUAUACAUACUACAUCUGUCGGAUGCACCUCUGAACAGGAGUUAGCCAGAAGCGUUUUUUUUUCCAAGCGUGCAAAUGAAAGCCUUUUAAAUGAUCCAUGCUCUGCAAGUUGGACAAAGCACUGUACAUUGUCUGCAGCAAAUGCUAGCAACUUUUCUUUGAUAUUACCCGCUUAAUAUUUAGUAGACUGCCUGGCAAUCAUUAAGAAUUCCAAUGUCAAACCACCGGAACAUUCUGGUUCGGAAUGCAAGUAAUUUGACAUUCAUAUUCAUGUGCUUGAUUUAUUUUUUUUUUUUUGGCUAAAACAGUAAAUUUCCUUCAAAUAUUAGAAACCGUUCUCUUCCAUGAUUUGAACAUGGCCACAAAUUGCAACCACAAGAAUGAACAUUUUUGAGACCUUGAUAAUGAAUCGAAACUAAACAUUUGAUGAUGUAUUUUGGAUCCUGCUACCUUUGGAUACAGCUUCAUUAAUUGGUCCAAAAAGUAUUUGCAAGAAGUAAUGUCUGUGCCGGUGCCGUACAACAACAGGCAGAACAAUUAAAAAUUACCCUUGGGCUCAGCCGAACUAAUGUGCUGCGUUAUUUUUUUUUUUAAAUGUACAAUAUGUGGCUUGACUGAAUAAAGUUUCGGAUGACCAGUCA